AUGAGUUCAAAACAUUGCCGCAUAUGCUAUAAACUCGAUCAGGACGAUCUAAUUUCCGUGCGGCUGAAGCAGGAUGGCAUAAGCAUCGAGGAGAUGAUACUAACCAUAACAAACAUUUCCGUUUCGGGCGAUCGUCGAUUGCCGCAAAACAUAUGCCUACAGUGUUUAGAUCGGCUGAAGGAAGCUUUCGAACUGCGCCAGCUAUGCAUCCGUACACACGAACGACUGUCUGCAGAGCUAGAAGCCGACAAGGAUGUAAUCAUACCUGAAAAUGAACCAAUUAAGCCGGAACCGGACGAUGUGACUAUUGAUGAGGCUUCGGUUAUUAUAGAAAAACUCGAAAUUGAUACGCUUGGUGAGGGAGUGUUGAAUCUGACUUCGGAACAGUCUGGUCAGCAUUACGAAGCAAUCGAAGAGGUUGUUUGCUGCGGAUGUGCAAUGCGAUUUAGCACCCGGUAUGAGCUGGAGAAGCACGCUAAGGUACAGCAUCGAAAUGGGAAAGCAAAACCGGAUGAUGCUUUUCAUUGCUCAACAUGCUACCAAUCGUUUCCGGAUCAAGUGAUGCUCAAUCGUCAUCUAGAGGAGAUAAGUCAGAUGAACACCCUUACAGAAGAAGAGCUCGAAUUUACCGAUGAGGAUGAGGAGGAAGAUGAAGCAAACGAAAGCGACCAGGAUCGUGAAGAUUGGGAAGAACAAACGAACAAAAAGCUAAAGCAAGCAGCAAUCAUACAAAGCGCAAUAUGUCGUAUACCGGGGAAAAAUUUGCUAAUCAAAUCAGACGAAUCGCAAGGAUAUUUGAUUGUCGAACUGCAACCGUACCGGUGCUGCUGCUGUGCGGAACUGUUUCAAACCGAGCAGGAUCGGAACGAACAUUUAAAGGAACGAAUGGGAAGCAACGAAGGCGCGUCGGAUUCCGGCGCGAAAUAUACCUGCGAAUACUGUGGCAAACGGUUCGCCUACUGGCUGGUGUAUUUGUGCCACAAGCGCGUACGGGACCAGCGUCAGUUUUACAUGUGUGGACUGUGCGAGACGCUGCUGGACUCGAAAAAGCGCAUGAUAUCGCACAUGCUGAUGUCGGACGAGCAUGCGGAUUAUUUUAAACUUUCCCGAGCGAAUAUCGCCGAUCAGUACGAAGCGAUUGCACUGCCUGGGGUGCGUUGCUGUUGCUGCAAACAGUAUUUUGAAGAUGAAGCGCAACGGAAGGAACACAUGGCACGUUUGCAUCGUUGUUUUAUGAAAACGGCUGUUUCAAAAUUGCCGAACAGUUGUAGCCUUUGUAACCGCAAGUUUCGAACCAAACGGCACCUGGAACUGCAUCUACAGUAUACUCGGGACGUUACACAGUACUACUGCAAGCUUUGUAGCUUUGAGACGUACAACCCUAGACGCCUGGAGCUACAUCUUUACAGUGGCAUUCAUCGUGAUAAACUACCCACCACCACGGUUCAGCUAAAACCAUUACAAAACAGUCUCCUAAAUGCAUCCCGCUUACGGUACUGUUGUUUCGAGCACUGUCACAAACCAUUCCCCGAUGGUUCGGCGCUUGAGCAACACAUAAACGAAGCGCACGAAUCGGCACUAACGGCAAAUCGGAAGCAGACGGAAAAAUUAACCCACCUACUAGAACAGUGCGAAGGAACGUACCACGCGUGUAACGAUUGUGGCGUACUGUUUAAAAAUUUAACCGCCCUACAAACGCACCGGUCCCGUCGCCAACCCCGCCAAGCGUUUGUUUGUACGAUUUGUGGCGUAUCGAAAGCAUCGCGUGCGUUACUACGCAACCACGAACGAUCCCACUCCGCUGAACGACCCUAUCGCUGUGCGGAUUGCGAAAAAACGUUUAGCAGCAAUCCUGCGCUACUGUCCCACCGGCGUUGCCAUCUAACCGGCACGCACAAGUGUGACACAUGUGGGAAUGUAUUUAAUCGGAAGGAAAAUCUUAACCGUCACAUACUGCUUAAGCACGGCAUAGCUACGAUCCCGUGCGAAGAUUGUUCGAAGCUAUUUAAAACGAUCCAUGCACUGAAUCGUCACAAGAUAAGGCACACCGGCGAGAAGCGAUACGCGUGCCGGAAGUCGGAAUCGUGUACGAAACGGUACGCGAAUGAGGUUGACCGUCGGCGGCAUGAGAUGUCGGUGCACACGCUCGAACGACCGCACCAGUGUGCGCACUGUGGGGCCGGCUUUGUACGAAAGCGACAGUUGACGGUGCACGAGCGACGGCACACGGGUGUGAAACCGUACGCGUGUACGGUGUGUGGGAAGGAGUUUGUGGAUGCGGGACCGUUGCGGAAUCAUAUGCGAACGGUUUGCAAAUUGCAAGUGAUUGGGAAGGAGGGGAUGGAAUGUGACUUAUGA